AUGACGCCGCAGGCUGGUCAAUUCAUCCACUUCUAUUCCGAGAAGGUCCCAACAGCGAUCGAUCGUUACACCAAGCAAGUGACACGUGUCCUCGGCGUUCUGAAGGGCUGUUCCGAUGUCAAAGACUGGCUGGUGGGCGACAAGACGGCGCAUGACAAUAUGGCCUGGGUCCCGUGGAACGACCGCGCCGACACGUCGUCGUGGGUGCCUGAGCCCGACAAGUUCCAACGGCUCCUCAAUGUGAAGGUCUGGCAUGAACGCUUGACGUCGCGGCCCUCGUGGAAGCGGGCAAUGCAGAUCAGGGCAGGGCUAAUGGACGAGCAGGACCCCAUGUGGAAUGGUAUACCCAAGGGUAUCGAGUCUUUCAGCGAGUAUGAGGCCAAGAUCAAGGCCAGUGACGACGCAGCUACGAAUGAAUUUGGCGCCUGUAGUUUGUGA